UACGAGCGUUUCGAACGCUACCGUCUGCGUGCAAUGCGCGCCCGCGUGGCCAAUCGUGAAGCCCUCGUGAACAUCUCUCACCCGGCCCUUCCACCAACACAGUCGAUGCCACCGCAACUGAGUCUUCCUUCAAGCCGCACUGCCGGUGCUCUGGAGUUCACCGCAAGCUCGUCUAUGGUGAAAGAUGACGACGACAAUCACAACGAAGAUGUCAACGACAACGAUGACGACGACGAAGCACUCCUGGAUGCUGUGGCCGAACAAACUCAGCGGACCCCAACGGUGAGUCAACAGAACGCCUCGGGUUGCACGGAGCUGGUCUCAGUGGCUGAUUGGUCAGACAAUGCGCUUGGCCUGCAAUCUCUCCGUCUGAACGACACGUCUCACGCAACAAGAAGUGAUCCCAACGUCGCACAACUUGAGCGUGUCUUCGGAGCUGGCUUCAGUGGCCUCACCACCACCCCGAUCGAACCACAAGUGAGUCACCAGCCACUGCGUUCAGCGGCGCAUCCCCAACUGGAGGAGCCACUGCAACCAGAACCGGUCCCCAGUUCCCUUUCAAAGAGUCUGCCACAACAACCAAUCAAAAAGAGGACCCCCUCAGAGGUGCGACGACUGGAGGAAGCCUUGCUGCUCUUCGAUUCGUAG